GUACCGUUAAACGACCGAUUCUAAGUGGUGGUACUUACCUACGACGGUGACCGACUGGUUCUGAGUAAUCCACUCAGUUGAGUUGACUCAGUCUCCCGCAUCUUAACAUUGAUAAAAGUUGUGUUGUGUUUAUUACAGAGAAAAAUAAAAUGGGUUCAUUCACAAUUUUGGUGUCAGUCAUCGCUGUAUUAGUAAUUUCAAGUAUUGAAGCUGCUGGCAACUGCCCUCUGCCAUCCAAGGUAUACAGCUGCAGCCCGAAGUGCGUUCAGGACUAUGAGUGUACCAACGGCAAGGUUUGCUGUCCCAACUCGUGCAACGCCAAGUCCUGUUCCGAGCCCGCCGCCAACGGUAGCGGUACUGGCUCCAGUAGCAAAUAUUCUGGAGGUACUGGCGUUUACUGCGACAAUGUAAAAUGCAACUCGCACGAGGUCUGCAAACGGGACCCUGUCACCAAGAGGAACAAGUGUAGUCGUGCUUAAACAACGACAAUUAUUAUAACUAGUAUUUACACAGUACUGUUUGAAAAUUAAAUUAUUAGUACUCUUUUAAGGUCUAAUAGGGGAACUGAAUGUUAUUCCCGAAGAAAUAUAUAUUGCAAAAAGACAAAUAUUUUUUUAAUAAAAAAGUCCAACUGUCAAGUUAGUAUGGUAAACUCUAACUUUUUUACCAUUUUUCGAUCUAUGCUACUUUAUGAAAAUACUAAAUUUCACUAUGUAUAUAACUUAAAAAAAAACUAAUAUUUUUUAAUUUCACCUGUAUAUUUCUAUGACACUUAGGCAUAACUAAGUUUAUGUAACUUUAUAAAAUAAAAUAUAUGCUUUUACAUAA